GACUGCAACCUAAAGUGAUUGUAGAUGGAGAAAUAGUGUGUCUAAGAAAAGGUGUGUCUGUUGGUGGUUUCGAUGAAGUCUGCGUGAGUGGACAGUCUGAUUUUGGUGAUUGAUUUGUGUAUGUCAGAUUCUGAAAUGUGUGUAACUGUAUACCAUGGACUUGUACAGCACAUUGGCAAUGUGUGGUCACCUCUCCAACUUUCAGCUAGUAUGCUCAAAGUAUUUUCUUUAUUAAAAUGAUUUGACACUUUUUGCUCUUUUAAUAUAUUUUUUAUUGAGUAAGAAUACUUUUGGAACUUUUAAAUUUACUUUUUAUUUAUAUAAAGAAUAUAGAUUAUGUAAGUUAAAAAGUUUUGUCUCUUUUUUAGCAGGGGCUGUCAAAAUUAGCAAAACAAACAAGAGGGAAUUUUCUAGCUGCAGAUAAAAUUUUGAUGCUGAGUUUUAAAAGAAAAGAUGUGGAAGACAAUGCUCUGCAAGAUGACAAAGAAAUGGCAAAUAGCAAAACAAUGUAUUUCAUUAGCUUACAGGAGUGGGGUUUGAAAAAGUGGGACUUUUCUGGAAGUGUAUUUUUGCUAAGAAAGUUGUUUAUUUGUACUUCAUUCUCUUGUAGCAUGUUUAACUUAUUGCAUGAUGGAAUAUUGAGUGAUACAUAGUGCAAGUUCUGAUAUGUAUGAAAUAGGUAAGAGCUAGUAUGAACUAGAAAAGAUGCAGAAUCAAUACUAUUCACUUUUCUUGACUUGCCUUCUGAUCAUUCUUCUGUUGCAAGAACUUGUCCCUAUAGAUUAUUUUGUGAAAAUAUUUUUCAAUCAUUCUCUGUAGUAAUAAAAUAACAGCAAGGCAUCAGAGACACACAGUGUAAGUAUGAUCAGAAAAAAAUAGUGGGAUUUAUUUACUUGAAAGAAAAACUUUUUUUCAGGUUGGGUUGUUAUUGAAGAAAAAAGUAAUUGAAAAAUUAUUAUUUUUCACAGCAGUGGAGGUUUACCAUUCUUGCCAAAGCAUUCACUAUUUAAGAUUUUGAUGUCCAGAGCCAGUCUUUAAGAUGAAAAAUUUGGGCUCAUUUCCUGGAGCCUUGGCCAGUGGAGACGACAGUUAAUUUAAGAGCUGUGCAACUGCUCCUGUGUGUAGACAAGAUGAGAACAAAAGCUCAUCUCAUGUUCAUACUGGGGCUAACUGAAAUUACUGGCUUGUAAGAGAGAAAAAUGUAUUCUUUGGAGUGGCAAAAAGCAUGGCCAUUAAGACUUCCAUUUGGGAUCUGGGAAACUUCAGCGACUCCCUGGUUUUAAUCAGCUGCAUUUUUUAUUCAGACCGGGAAGUUAAAUUAGGUCCUCUCCUGACCUACAUAACUUCCUCAAGCAAGAGUGAUUCCUUUCUGUGGGGUAGCUCUGGAAGGCAUCAAGGAGAUGAAACGAGCGAGGUUCUGGUGAAUACAGGCCUACUGCAGGGCACUCUCUCAGUCCCUUGCACGGGUCUGCUCCCCAAGGAGAGGCUGAGAGAGCGCCCUGCAGCAGGCCUGUGGUGCUCAGUUCGGGAUAUUGGCCUGCCAAGAAUUCCAUUCAGGCCUCCCGAGCCCAGUACCCUCAACAUCAGACUACAGGAUAGUAGGACACAGCUCACUUGCAUGCUCUUAUCUCUCUCUUGUUCAAAGCACGUUGUGUUUUCUGUGGUGGGAAAAGGAGAUAAUGAAAACAAGUAGUUUUGUGGCAUGGGAAAGAGCUUUCUUCCCAUCUCUGCUUUUGAGUGGAUCAAGGGAGUUUCUGUUCUAAUGGAAUAUCUUGUUCCAGGAUUUAUGAUACUAUCUGGUUCCUGAACCAAAGAUACUUACCUGCUUUUUCAGACCCAGAAAUAACUUUUUAAAAUGGGAAAAGUGGUUUUAUUUCAGGUUUUUACCCUUGGUCAUUGCCUGUAUGACUACUUUCUCUUCAUUUCUCAACAUGCUAUUCUUUACAAUAUAGGUUUGAUUUAUCCAGUACAGAGUUGUUUACUUUAUGCAUGUAGCUGAUAGAGAUUCCAAGUCAGGGACCCUAUUAGAAAUAAUUAGUCUUGAAGGGUAAAAUGAAAUUUUAAAAGGUGCAUGAUAAAAGAAGUUGCAUUUAAUUUCUGUUUACACUGAAAUAAUUAAUUUAUAGCAUUAUAUCCUAGAAAGAUAAUUCUGCAUAGGCAACAACUUCAAUUUAAGUAGAAAGCUCCUGUAUUAUAGAAAUGCCUUCCACAGAGAGUAGUUUCUGUAUUUGUCAGAUAAGCAGUAUACAUCAUGGACUAAGGAUCUAAUCAAGAUUUCAACACACUGAAAGUUUUGAUUUCACCUUGAAGUACUAGAAACUCCUCAAAGAGCCUAUUUGAACCAAAAUUGUAACUACUUCGUUGAAGGGUGAAGGAGAAGAAUAGGGAACAAGAGAAAUUAACAGCAGCAUCAAUGUCUGCACUUCACAAAACCAGCCCUGGCACAUCAAUGGAGAGACUGGAGUUGUCCAAGAAAUAAGGAGAUAUUGGAAUUCUCCAGUAUGGAAGAUAUGGAUAUGUGGUCCUUAUUUAAAUGAAGAACUACAGCACAGACAUUAUUCAUGCUAAUACUGAUGAAGCCUCCUGGACUCCAAAAGCAGUCAGCAUAUAUCCCAGAAGUAAACACUGACAGUGCACCCAUGAACAUCAGGAUAUCUUUCAGUUUCAUUGCAGCUGGAGUCAGUGACUUCAUACUGAAAAAGGAUCUCAGGGAGGAUGAAAAUGAGGAUUGGGAGGAAGAAGAAAAGAUCUUCCUCAAGCCUGUUAUUGAGGACAGAAAUAUGGAACUGGCCCGAAAAUGCAGUGAAUUAAUAAGUGAUGUACACUAUAAAGAAGAGUUUAAAAAAUCUAAAGGCAAGUGCAUAUUUGUACCUGACACCCCGCAGCUAAAACAUGUGAAAAGCCUUGGUGCUUUUAUUUCUGAGGUGAAAUAUAAAGGAGCUGCUAAGAAAGACCUUUCCAACCCUCUCUAUCAGCAGAUGCCAGCCACAAUUGACAGUGUAUUUGCGAAAGAAUUAAUGCACCUUCAGAGCAAGGUUCUCUAUAAACAAAAACAUGAUGCUGAGAAAGGAUUUUCAGACUAUGCACGUAUGAGGGAACCUCCAGAUGUUAAACAUGCCAUGGAAGUCAGUAAACACCAGAGUGAUGUAUCUUAUAAGAAGGAUGUGCAAGAUACUCAUAGGUACACUGAAGUGCUGAACAGACCAGACAUAAAGAAGGCAACUGAGAUAACAAAGAUAAUAAGUGAUGCAAAGUACAAGAAAGGAAGGGGAGAGCUGAAUAAGGAGUCUGCUGUGCUUGGAAGACCUGAUUUUGAACAUGCUAAAGGAGUUUCAAAACUUUUAAGCCAAGUAAAAUACAAAGAGAAGUUCAGUAAGGAAAUGAAGAGUCACCAGUACAAUCCUCUUGACUGUGCUUCCUUCAAGCAAGCACAGAUUGCAUCCUCCUUGGCAAGUGAUGUGAACUACAAGAAAGAUUUGGAAAGCCUACAUGAUCCAGCAUCUGAUCUACCAAACCUGCUGCAUUUAAACCAUGCUUUAUAUAUCAGCAAAACACAGAGUGAUGUCAAAUACAAAGAAAAUUAUGAAAAAUCUAAAGGCAGAUCAAUGCUGGAGUUUGUGGAUACUCCAAUGUAUCAAGUUUCAAAGGAGGCUCAAAAGAUGCAAAGUGAGAAAACGUACCGCAGAGAUUUUGAAGAAGGGAUCAAGGGAAGACCUUCACUGGAUUUAGACAAGACCCCAGAGUUCCUGCAUAUAAAACAAGUCACUAAUCUUUUGAAAGAGAAAGAAUAUCGAAAAGAUUUGGAAGAAGGGAUGAAAGGGAAAGGAAUGACAGUGUUUGAAGAUACACCAGAUUUGAUUAGAGUGAAAAAUGCAGCUCAGAUACUAAAUGAGAGGCAAUACAAGAAAGACUUGGAAACUGAAAUUAAAGGGAAAGGCAUGGAUGUUGGUCCAGAUACACCUGAGAUAAGACGAGCCAAGAAAGCUUCUGAAAUUGCAAGCAUGAAAGAAUACAAGAAAGACUUGGAGAAUGAAAUUAAAGGAAAGGGAAUGGAAGUGGGUACUGAUACCCUUGAUAUUCAACGAGCCAAAAAAGCUUCUGAAAUUUUCAGCCAGAAAAUGUACAAAGAUGAAGCAGAGAAGAUGCUCUGUAACUAUUCUGCUGUCCCAGACACUCCUGAGAUGGAGAGGAUAAGAAGUACUCAGAAAAAUAUCAGUUCAGUGUUUUAUAAGAAGGAAGUAGGAGCUGGCACAGCUGUAAAAGAUACUCCAGAGAUUGAAAGAGUAAAGAAAAAUCAACAGAAUAUUAGUUCGAUUAAAUACAAGGAGGAAAUUCGGCAUGCAACAACUAUUUCUGAUCCACCUGAACUAAGGAGAGUUAAGGAAAACCAGAAGAAUAUCAGUAAUGUUCAGUACAAAGAACAGCUCUGCAAAGCUACACCCAUGAGUGUCACCCCUGAGAUGGAAAGAGUCAAGAGGAAUCAAGAGAAUGUCAGCAUGAUUCACUACAGAGAGCAGCCUGGCAAAGCUACUGCUGUGAGUGUCACUCCUGAGAUGGAGAGAGUCAAGAAGAAUCAAGAUAAUAUCAGCUCGGCAAGUUGUUUGAAUCUUUUUGUCAUUCAGAUUUUUCAGUUGCUGUAGAAAUAUAAACAUGGAUAUGCUUUUCCUUUUACAUUUGCUAUGUCAAAGAAAGCCAACUACAUCAUUCACUGAUGAGAUAUUGGUUUUAUUCUUUGAGGACAUGGACUGCAUAUAUGUGCAACAAACAUAUUCAGGGUUGUCUGGUUAUUUUUGCAAAAAAAGUAAGUGGUUGUGUUGGUGUCAGUAUUUUUCAAGGAGAGAGUCACUAGAGGUCAGUAAUUCUUUGCAGUAAAGAAAAAAAAGGAAAUGAGAAUUUAACCUCAGUGCAAAUGUCUUUUUUUGUGUUUCAAAACAUGGAAGUGUCCAUUCCAUUCUGUGACAUACCACGUGUGUUAGAGCUGAGUAGUUCUAAAUAGGUCCCGUGGCUAAAUACUAAAGAGUAAGAUAAAAACUAUUUCUUGGCUUUUAUGGUAAUAAAAUGUAAUUGCUACUAAAGCAGUGUAAGAAGCAUGAGACAAUUCUAUUAAGGAACAAGGAAAAAGUGCAAAAAGCCUGAUGGAGUAAAGGAUAAGACCAGUUAUGUUGCAGUCUGUCCUCGACACUGAAACAAAAUCCAUGGCAAAGUCACUGCAGAUGGUAAAUAGAAGAAGUUUCAUGCAGAAUCACUGUGGCAGAAGAGAAUUACAAGUAAUGAACGCUUGAGAACUGAGUGUAGGAGUGAAAAGUAGGUUGAAUUUAUCAGGGAAUAUGUCUAAGGACAAAGGAACGGAAUCUGACAUUGUUACCGCAUAUGUCUUAAUCAUGUUCUAAAAAUGCUCAUGAAUAUUUACCAAAGUCAAUUAUUUUUGAGGUGUGUAGUUGAAAAUAAGAGGAAAAUCUCACAACAGUUCUAGUCUUUUGAGUAAUUUUUUUUAAUUUGUGAAAAUUAAAUGUGUUUCUCCAAGUGACUCAUUCACUUUGUUUCUCAAGAUUUACAGGGAUAAAAACUCUGUGUUAAUGAGAAAGAUAAAAAUCAGCCUAUGUUGACUGUAAUUAUUCUGUCCAGAAAAUGCCUUAUAUUCAAAAGCAUAUGUAGCUGAAUAUAUUUUCUAAGAGAAUUUACUGCUUAAUUAAGAAGGCUUUGAAGAAUAUGCAAUACCAUAUAUUUUUGUUUCUCCUGCAUUACUUGAAACUUACCUGUGAAACACAGAUACCAAGAUAUAUAUUUUCAUGGGUUUGCUUUCUUAGCCAAUAUAUAAUCUUAAGGAGGGUUAGACAGUUUCAAUACAUGAUUUUUCUCAUCACAAACACAUGUUGAAAUAGGUUUGCAUGACUCAUUUAACAAGUAAUACUUCGAGUGUGAAUAUAUAGGUAAAUCUAGAAUAUUAACUAACACAGUGCACAGGUCAUGGUGCAAUGUAGAGCUAAGAGAGGCCAUUGGUAGAAGAAUUCAACAAGACAGAAAAAACUGUAAGAGUACUCACUCCCAAACCAAUAAGUAGGAUCAGUUACUUUCCCUGUUUUAGGAUUUUGGGUGGAUUUUUUUUCUUUAACAGGUAAUUAACCAUUUCUUUAACAGGUAAUUAGCCAUCUUAGCUUUACUAGUCUGUAAAAUGCCACAAAAUAAGCUAAUCAGGAGAAAUGUGGUGUAAGUGAUUCAGUACUUGCUGAUGCACAAAACCCAGAGCCCAAACAUUUAUUUAGGAAACAAAAUAUUCAGAUUCCUCCCAGACAUGUUGCUUUGUGCUGCUAGUAAAGACUAGCUAUUGAAUGGGAGUUAUAAGCCUUCCAAAGAAUUAAUCCUCUUGUAAGGAUUGAAUUCCCUGGAUUUCUCAGGUAAUUCCAGUCUCACAGACUCUGUGUCUGUCUUGGUAAUAAGAAGGUAGCUAGCUUAUCAUCACCACACAAACAUGGAUUAAGGAUGUUCUAAGUCACAGUCGUGUUUCCUUAGUAUUUAUCUUAUUUUUCAGUUGAUAAAUUAAUUAUUUCCCUUAUGCCAUUCAAACAGUCACAAAUUUCAGCUUUUAAAUAAAUAUGUUAUUUUGAGUAAGUGAUUGAUGGGGUAAAUGUGCCUUUUGGCCUUACCAGUGUACAAGUUCAUCUGUAUCCUCACUGUGAAAUAAUUUAUUGGCACAUGAGUUAAGGAAGAGAACUGUUGGGCAUUGUGGUUUGGAAAGGUACAGUUGCAUGGUGUGAUUCUCACCAUCCUUCCUACUGUAAGCAAAGAAAAUUCACCUGUGCUGUUGUUGCUGUUUUGCAGGUCAAGUACAGCAGUGAUCAGAGGCAGAUGAAAGGUAGACGUAGUGUGCUUCUAGACACACCUGAGCUAAGGCAUGUCAAAGAAACACAAAACA